AUGGAUGGUUCAUCGCAACGGCUGGCAAGACCGGGGCUAUUGCCCGGUCCGCAAUCCUCUUCCUCGACGCUCUCGCGGGAUCCCUCGCCUUAUUCGAACGUUGCGUACCGGUCGCAAGCGACACUCUUGAAUAACAGAGCCGAGUCGCCAGCCGACCUAGGAAUCAGAUUCCUCUCUGGAAAUGAGGAGAUGGCCGCAGACCGACCCAAUGUGCCGGCGCAACCUGCAGUCACCUUGACUGCCGUCUCAGACGUCAGUAGGAGAAAUUUGGCGAAGCUGGAAUUUUGGCCCCCGAUCCUGAAGUGGUAUUCGACCGUUUUCUUGACCGUCUUAUAUCUCGGCACAGCCGGCGGAAUCGUGGCCCUGUGGUUCGCCGCCGGAACCAAUGGUGAAUACCACUUGUCGAGCGAAAAUGUUCGCAUGAUAUCCCGCUACUUCCCUUCGGCGUUGGGCACCCUCAAUGUGAUCCUGUUCCGGCACCUUGUUCGCGAAUACAUCAGGAUGAAGCCGUUUGUGGCCAUGGCAGACCAAGGCGAGAUCGAGAGCUCGGGCAAGGAACCCAGCAAAAGCGUCAGUGGCGCCUUCUUUCCGUGGCAGGAUAUCUCGAUAACUCGGGGUCUGACUUCGGUCAUCUCCCUGCUCUGUCAACUCAUGGUGGGGUUCAUUGUCAGCUUGAAGGUGGCGUUGUUCGCCAGCGGUCCUGCUACCGUCGAAAAUGAUGGCGAACAAGCAACAGCGGCCUGGACUCUGAUGCUCCGAGCGUGGCCGGCCUUCUUCCUCAUCAUCGGACACAUUGUAAUGACAGCGUACGUGCUUUGGGUUGCGCAUCUCAACCGAGGAAAGUCUACUGGCCUCAGAUGGGAUCCUGUGACCAUUGCCGACUACUGCGCUCUGUUCGCCCACUGUGAUGUUACAGAGUACUUCUCUGCCCUUGAGUUGCUCCACAACCGCAAAGCGAAGCAAGUUCUAUCAGCGAACCAUCGGUUUCGACUGGGAUACUGGACAAAGACUAUUGCUGGCUCGCCAGGUGCAGAUUCUUUGGUGUACGGCAUUGGCCCGACUUGGAACGCAGCCGAACGUCCAUCAACGAAAUUCGAACCUAGCUGGUACGAACGAUUGAUGGGAAUUAAAGGGCCUAGUCCGGUCGAUGACUGUGACAAAUACAGGGGCGGCGACGACGAGCAGCGGUCGCCUUGUAACCAGGGAACAUGGCCGGAGUGCGAACACUAUCCUUACCGCCAUAGCCCUGGCUGUGGAAAGGGCUGGGUCGUCUUGUCGGUAGUCCUGGUCUGGGCGGGACUCGGAGUUGCCAUCUACGGGCUGAUCAAUGGCAUCGUCUUCCAUGGAUUCCGUCUGGACAAGGACUGGAGCAUACCGUCAUCCAUGUCGGUUUCUGCUGGCAACCACACAUUUCACCUGCCGCCUAUCGACCCGACAGAUCCCGAAUCAAAGCUCAUUGUGUACGCCUUGUUGUUCCGGUCAGCGCCAGUCUAUGUGACUGGCGUGUUCACGGCGACGAUCAUUGAGUGGGUGGAUCUCAACAUGCGAUUCAUGCAGCCGUUUAUCAACAUGUUUGGAAAAGCCGGCGACGCGGCGGAUACUGUUCUCCUGGCGUACAUCACCACAUCGCCAUUGCAGGUUCCCAUCACGGCGAUUGUCAAGGGCCAUUACAAAGUCGCGACAUUCUCCAUCCUGAAUACUCUCUCCCCGCUGUUCCCGAUCUUCAUCGGUGGCCUUCUCCAACUCGAGGACGACGAUGAGAAAGUCAGGUUCAUGUUUUCACUGUCGGCCUACAUCGGCAUCAUGGUCUUUCUCAUUGCUUGGAGUGUAGCAAUGCCAUUCGCGUACCCCAUUCAGAAGCGGCUUCUCCCUCGCCAAUUCUACAGCAUGGCGGACCUCAUGGCCAUGUGUCACAGAUCGUACUUCAUCCAAAGGCCCUAUCUUGACUUUGCUGACAACCGGCGCACCCCGUCAAAGGAGAUCAUGGAGGCGCGCAUCCUCAUGUAUGGGGACCGAUUCUUGUUUGGGCAUUACACCGAUGAUGAGGACAGAAGGCACAUCGGGUUCGACGUCCACAGCACCGUGGACUAUAGCACCGGUGACGUGGAAGAGACCGGACUGGUGGUCGACAUCUCGCCUCGGGGCGAAAUAGACACGCUCACAAGCAAGACGGUCAAGACCAUGACGAACCUCUUUCGUAAUGCGGGCAAGGUCCAGAACAGCAGCAAAGGGUUUGUGGCGUGGCUGCGGCGGAUUCUGCGGCGACAACGAAGAGAGACAGUACAAAUGGAAAUGAAUACCUUUACUCCCAGGGGAUCGGCGACUGGAUCACACCUCGAGAGGCAGCAAGAGCCGCGCCAACGACCUGCUGUGGCGUUUGCUGAACUCGCUUCACCAGAUUAG